CGCCAUGACUCACCCAAUAUAUAGUUGCACUUGAUAUGAAAUCUCAGUCCUCAUCUUCGAAUUUAACAACCAUCUUCCCAUUAGAUCAACACCUCGCCCCUCCAAGAUCCACCUCACCUCAACAAAGCCCCCCAAAUCCCACAAACUGAACACCAAAAACCCUACCCCCAACCCAGCGCGCCCACCACAAUGCCCCCACCCACCCAAUCCCUCGACCACCUAAUCCUCUUCGUCCCCGCCGACCCCACAACAAACCUCCCACGCAUCCCCCCCGUCUUCGCGCAAAACUUCACCCUAACACCCGGCGGCUUCCACGCCGACGGCCUAACCUCCAACGUCCUCAUCCUGCUCAGCGACGGCUGCUACAUCGAGCUCAUCAGCUUCAUAGCCCAGGACCAUGAUCUCGUGAGCAGCCAUUGGUGGGGCCCCGACGCCGCGUUCACGGGGUGGAAGGACUGGUGUCUCACGAACGGGGGGACGGCGGGGGGGGAUUGGGAGGCGCUUGCGGGGAGUUAUGGAGCGCCGAUUCGCGGGGCGAGGAAGCGAGAUGAUGGCGUGGACGUUCAGUGGGCUGUUACGUUUCCCACGGGGGCAAAUGGCGGGCAGGCGAGUCGGGGGCGCGUGCCGUUUUUCUGCCAUGAUGUUACGCCUAGGGAGGUUAGGGUUCCGCUUGAUGGGGUGAAGACGGGGCAUGCGUGUGGGGCGGUUGGUGUGCGGGGGCUUACUGUUUUGCUGAGGGAUCAGGAGAUGCUUGAUGAUACAAGGAGGGUGUAUGGGGCUGUUUUUGGGGAUGGGGGUGUUGUUAGGGGGGAUGAGGUGUGGUUUUCUGUGUCGCGGGUGGAGAGUGUUGAGGGUGUUGAGGGUGGUGCAAGGAUUGUGUUGAGGCUGCCGAGAAGUGAAGAGGAAAGGGGUAAGGUGGAGAAGUCGGGGUUUUGGUAUGGAGAUGUUGUGCUUGUUGCGAAGGCUGGAGGGGCGGGGACUUGUAAGGAGAAGGGACGGAGAGAACGACUUGAUGUGGAGGGUGGUGUUGGUGGAUUGUGGAUUGAGUGGGUUUAGCGGACUGAUACAUGAUGCCCGACUAAUUAUAUGUAGAGAUAGUAGACGAAAGUGGUGCUGCUCAUGUUAUUCCGAGAUUGUUGCUGAUAUUCAACCAAAUCACGUAACGAAUCCUGCCAUACUACAAAAUUGAC